AAGAGAAGUGUCUGAUGAGAGAUAUGAAAACAUGUUGAAAGAAAAGUUUGAGUUAGCAAUGGGAUCGACACCAGAAUGGGCUCAGCUUGACCGCAAGAUUGAAAAUGAUUCUGAUGAUGAGGGUGAUUUUAAUAGGAGAACUGGAAAUUACAUAUCCUCAGAAGGCCCUUCAAGGCUACCCAAAUCAGUGCUAGAAUACAAGAUGCUUUCAGACCUGAAUCGUGCAACCUAUGCUGAAGGUGCUAUUAUCAAAGGAGUGGAGUUCAAUCCUGUUUUCCAAGUGGCCUUAGUAGCAGGAUUUUCAAAAACAAAUGGCUCCGCAUCACUAUUCCAGGUUGAUGGCUUACACAACCACAAAAUCCAGACUAUGAAGUUCCCAAGAUUCCCCAUAAAGUGUGCCAAGUUCUUCAAGGAUGGGCGGCGAUUUGUGGUGGGGUCAGACCUGUAUGGGCACUUCUUUGUAUAUGAUAUGGAAGGUGGUAAAGAGAUCAUGAUACCCUGGAACAAAUCAGAAGACCGAAAGUGCAUGAAGCAAUUUGUAAUUUCCCCUGAUGGUGAACUUUUGUUCUUCUUUGGGUCCAAAUCACUGAUUCACAUCUUUGACACCAAAACCCUCUCUCACAUUGACACACUUCAGGCCUCAGAGGAAGUAACAUCAGCCACCUUCAAUUCAAGUGGAACAAGGAUGUAUACCCAUGGAAAUGGAGGUGAUGUACUGACCUGGGAUAUUAACAAUAGAGUGUGUGUACAUAAGUUCUAUGAUGAUGGUUGCAUAGAUGGAAUGUCAAUAGCUCUUUCUCCAAAUAACCAAUACUUAGCUUGUGGAUCGUCAUCAGGCAUUGUAAAUAUAUAUGACACUGCUGACCUUACAAAGGAUACGCCAUUACCUGUGAAAGUUCUAGAUAAACUUGUCACAUCUGUGACUUCGCUGACUUUCAAUCCUUCGUCUGAACUUCUUGCAAUGGGAUCACAUUUCAAAGAAAAUGCUUUUAAAUUAGUACAUUUCCCUUCAAUGACAUACUUCACCAACUUUCCAAGAGAGGGCACAAACCUAGCAAGAGUCCAAGUCACACGGUUUUCACCAAAUGGAGGUUAUAUCGCAGCUGGUAAUAAUGGAGGAACAGUACGCUUAUUCAGGUUAAAACAUUAUGGUAGUUAUUAAGAGAGUAUAAGAAAAAAUAUCGAUAAGACUUGAGAAUAUGUAUUAUUCCAAAAUAAAGU